GUUUUCACGUGACCUCCUCAGCUCGUGCGCCUUUGAGGCAGCGGCAGGCACUGAAAGUGAGUUUAAAUAGGAACACCGCAGUUCAUAGCUCAGCGGUUGGCAAAAUACCUUAAAUUCAAAGAAGACGCUUUUAAUUUUCGAGGAUGUUUUCACUCGGGGAGAAAAUGGAGUUUCUCCUCGGAAACCCCUUUUCAACGCCCGUCGGUCAGAGAAUCGAGCGAGCGACCAGCGGCUCUCUGCAGUCAGAGGACUGGGGUCUCAACAUGGAGAUAUGUGACAUCAUCAAUGAGACAGAAGAGGGGCCCAGAGAUUCAGUGAGAGCUAUUAGGAAGAGGAUCGUAGGAAACAAAAACUUCAGAGAGAUCAUGCUGGCUCUUACUGUUCUUGAGACCUGUGUGAAGAACUGCGGACAUCGCUUCCAUGUUCUGGUGGCGUCGCAGGAGUUCGUUGAAUCCGUUUUGGUUCGUUCCAUUUUGCCCAAAUACAAUCCCCCCACUGUCCUCCACGACAGGGUGCUCAGCCUCAUACAGUCGUGGGCUGAUGCAUUUCGCAGCUCUCCUUCGCUGAUGGGGGUGGUGUACGUUUAUGAUGACCUGAGGAGACGCGGGCUGGAGUUCCCCAUGACAGACCUGGAUGCUCUGUCCCCCAUCCACACUCCCAAUAGGAGCAUCCCAGAAAACGGGACUCCUGAGGCAACCACUGUCCCUACUCCCACACAUGAGCCACGACCACAAGCACCUCCCAGUGUUCCCACUCAGAAUAGUUCACCUCCAGUCCAACCUGGUGAUGUACCAUCCUCCCUCUCAACAGAACAGGAACAGAAGCUGCGGCGUGAGCUGGCGCUUGUGAAGGGAAAUCUUACUGUGAUGUCAGAAAUGCUGAACGAACUAAUACCUGGACAGAGCCAGCAAGAUGACACAGAGCUGCUACAGCAGCUGUACUCAGUGUGUAAGAACAUGCAGGCUCGAGUGGUGGAGCUCAUCCCCCAGCUGCUGGAUGAAGGGUUUAUAGAGGAGCUUCUUGUGGUCAACGAUGACCUCAACAAUGCCUUCAUCCGCUACGAGAGGUUUGACAGACUGAACAAGGCACAAAUGACAAAUACUCAACAGCAGAGCUCUACCACAAGCCAGAGCCUCAUCGACCUCAGCCCUGAGCAUUCGACUCUGAGCCAGCCUGCUGUCAUCACAGCAACCAGCCAACCAGCAGUCAGCACCACAGUCAAUCAGUGGAAAUCAUCCAACCACAAGGAGGAGGAGGAGUUUGACAUGUUUGCCCAGACAAGAGGCAGCUCCCUUGCUGAGCAAAGGAAAAGUGUCAGGUAUGAGGACCCAGGAGCUGUGGAGGGCCUUGCUGGAGCCCUGGAUACGAGGUUGCAGGUCACAGGAGGGAUGGUACCAGUGAGAAACUCUGUGCAGAACGAUGUUGACAAAUGGUUAUCUUGUGAUAUGGAAGAGCAGUCGUCAGUUAGUGAAGGAGUGUCCAGUGAAGAGUUUGAUAAGUUUCUGGAAGAUCGGGCAAAGGCAGCAGAUCACAGCAGCGGGGCAGUUCUCAGCGUGCCACCCUCCACAUCCAGACCGCCGCCGCAAUCGACCCGGCAACAGGAGACAUCACAUGACCACCUUUUUUCACUUUGAGUUUGAGGACAAACAAAAGAAGCGAGUGGAUGUAACAGCCAAUGCACACAUUCCGUCACAUUUAAAUAUACCUGCAAUCUCUCACAUGUUGUGCCCAGUCAGGUGUUGAACCCACACACACACACACACACACACACACACACACACACACACACACACACACCUGACACUACAGAACUGCUGUCAAAUCAACUCAUUGCAUAAAUGCAGUGUUUCACAGUUAAUUCUGCUGUUUGUUAUCUUUAUGUAAUUGUAAGCAACAUAAUGUGACUGUAUUUAUGAAAUGCAUUAUUAUAAUGUUGAUAUCAACUAAAGAUUAAAUUAGAACAAGUGUUUACAGUUCUGUUUAAUGUUAAAAAUAUAUUUGAUAUUACACUGUGUUCCUUUGACACAGACACUUGAUGUUGUGUAGAUCUGAAUAAAAGCUGCCUUGUC